UGUAACUUGAAGCGUAUGGCCAUUUAAACCCGGUAAUAAUUCGCACUGGUUAUUUACUUUCGAUUUAAGUUGAACCGAGUCAUUUUGUUGAAUAUAGAAAAUUACACUGAUAAAUCCAAAGGAAACAAAUAAUACAGAAAUGAUGAUGUCAGAUACAAUGUAGACAGACAUGAUAGAUAGAUUUGGUAGAUUUGGAGGUAACAUUUUUGGGCCUGAAUUGGGCGGAGGUCUUUGUAGAUUUAAACAGACAUACAGAUGUUAUUCUGUGACCAUGUUAGAUAACAGAGAAGAUGUUGAGAGAGGUGGAGAAAUAAUUAUGCCUCCCUCUGCAUUAGAUCAACUAACACGUUCACGUAUACAAUACCCCAUGCAGUUUAAACUGAGGAACAAUCAACAAGCCAGACACACACAUUGUGGUGUAUUAGAAUUUGUAGCUAAUGAAGGAAGGAUUUAUAUACCUAAUUGGAUGAUGAGGAACCUGUUACUAAAUGAAGGUGAUCUUGUGGAAGUAGAGAAUGUUUCUUUGAAAGUAGCCACAUUUACAAAGUUCCAGCCACAGUCUGUUGACUUCUUAGAUAUUAGAUAUCCCGAAGCUGUAUUAGGAAACAUGUUGAGAAGUUUUGCCUGUUUAACUAAAGGAGAUGUAAUAUCAAUCAAGUACAACGAACGGGAGUAUAAACUAUGUGUACUUGAAACCAAACCUGAUGAUGCUAUAUCUGUUACAGAAUGUGAUUUGGAUGUUGAUUUUGCACCUCCAGUUGGUUAUCAAGAACCAAAAAGACCAGAGAAAAAAGAAGCUGAGGAUGUACAUAUGGAUAUUUUAAUGGUAACGAAAGAGAAAGAGAGUAAGAAACGAAAGGAAGUUGAUGAAGUUCCAGCUGUGGGAAAUUAUGUAUUAACCAAUUUAGCUAAAUAUGCCGGGGACUGGCCACAGCUAGGAAAAGUUUUGAAAGUUGAAGAGGAAGAAAUUAUACAGUUACAUUGGUACAAGGGGUCAAAAACUGGACCCUGGUCCCCUUGUAUCAAGACAGUACCAGGGACAAGAGGAAAAAGAGAAGCCUGGUGUGAGGCUGUUAAUUUGCAGGACAUUUGGUGUCAUAGUUUUAAUUUAACGCCUGCCAAUAAACUUCCCUUAAAGAUUAAGAAGAAAAUGGAGUCCUUUUUGAACAAUAAGAAAAGAAUGAAGAAAAAUCAUGCAACAAAAGAAAUAGAAACACAAAUUACUGGACAGAAAGUCACAAGACAUAAGGUUGAUUUUGCAACUCCACCUAAGCCCAUAUAUGCCAGACAACAGUGUGUUGAUUUUGCACCUCCACUUGGUUAUCAAGAACCAAAACGACCAGAGAAAAAACAUGAUGAGGAUGUAGAAAUGGAUAGUCCAUCAGACAUGUCCAAAUAUCUGCAUAAGGCAUUGAUAAUUGAUUUUGCACCUCCAGUUGGUUAUCAAGAACCAAAUCGACCAGAGAAAAAACACGAUGAGGAUCUAGAUAUGGAUAGUCCAUUAGACAUGUCCGAAUAUCUGGAUAAGACAUUUACAGCAUUUAGUGGUUCUGGAAAUAGAUUAGAUGGAAAAAAGAUUGGUCUGAAUGCUGCAUCAGAAGUUAAAAAGGCAGUUCCACAUAAAAGAGGAGUCCCAAAUUAUAAACAUAAGAAAGGUACCAUAACAUUUAUCAGAACUCGAAGGAAUAUCACAGAUAAUAAUGAGGAGGAGGAAAAAGAUUUUGAAGCCUUUUCAGGUUCAGGUCAAAUGUUACGGAAGAAAGAGAGGAAAUGAAAGGUUUAUUUUUAUCUGACUUUGCAAUGGAGAACUGGCCAAAGAUGUGCAGAGGACGUUUAUUUUUUUAUUUUUUCGUUAAAAAGAACUAUUGUACUUCUUUGACAUAUCUGUCUUGGAAUAUACUGUGAAACAUGUACAUACAGACUUGAUAAGACGAUUAAAGACAAUAGGAAUAUGUUAGCAGAAAUAAUCUGCUUGUGUUUAUUUGCAAUAUGUUAUAGAAAUACAAGAUUAAAAUUUUAUGUACAGUC